UCGUGCAAACGUUUUCACGGGCUGUGAAACAUUUUAUGUGUGUUCGAACAUGAUCCGAGAGCGGUGAGAGCAUGUUGUGUCUCGAUAACAUGCAUGCAAUAAAGUGAAAGGCAACGUUGUGCUAUGCGCUUGCGGCUCAUUUUUGAACAUACCUAUGGUGUUCCAUAGCGAUCCGUCCCCCACCCCUAGAGUUUGACGACCUAUAUGUAAGAUUGUGCCUAGAACGUGCACAGAUGGCACAAAUUUUAUAAUUUAAGGUUAUGUAAAAAAAAGCUACGCGAGUUAUAAAAAGAACUUCCAAAAAUAUAUGACAUUGUUAAAACAGUUAAAAAGAUAAUGUCUGAUUCAGAAUAUCAAGAUCCUUUGACUCGUUUAAACACUACUUUAAAUAAAUCUAUGGCCUUUAUGGAAACUAGUACGAAAUCUCCACAGAAUUCCAAAAGUAACAAAGCUGUGAAGAUAAACACAAAAUCUCAGCCACGAAAUGCAACAAAGAGUGUUACGUCGAGGAAGAGUAUUCUGAAGAAGAGAAAUAGUAAUGAUGAGAAUAGUGAACAAACUGAAUCCCUUAACGUUACAGUAUCGAAUGGAAAUUCAUCACCAAAAAAAGUUCAAGUAGUUUCAAGACCAAAAAGUCUCAAGGACCUAUUACGAAAUGAAAAUCUAGCUGUAGAUUCCACAGAAUCUACUUAUGGUCUGGAAGACUUAAGUGACAACGAAGAAAUCUGGUUAAUGAACAUUCCUAGAACAAUUAAUCCACGCGAGUUGGAAAAUCAGUCCCUGUACCUCGGAGAUAGAAGUAAAUUUAGAAUUGGAGAGGAACGGUAUUAUGCUGUAAAUUGUGAAGCUCCUGACAGUCUCACCUGUGUCUUCAAUACCAGCAAGCCCAGAAAAUCUUACAAGACUGUAAAUCUCAAGAUGGCUGGCACGAUAACAGUUCGCAGGAAACUACCAGGGGUUCUAAAGAUAAAGCCAGAGCCUGAAGAGAGAUCCAAAGUUCCAUUUCCUAAAAAUAUAAAAAAAAGACAUCCUCUGUUUGGUGCAUGUUACAAGAGAGAUUUGAUAUGAGGAAAAACAUAUAUAUAGGUAUCGCUAGGAUUUGUUCUCCUACAUAUUUUUAUGUUACUUUCAAUAAAUUAAUGCUAAAGAAACUUGCAAACUUAAUCACUCCAAUACACUGUACUCAAGGACCGGCUCAUGUGUAAGUGUUCUUCUCAAUAACAUACCUCACUGAAACAAUCUUAACACAAUGCCGUCCGCACGUCUAAUCGUGAUUCUUUCGUUUGGCGCCAGCAGGACUACGAUACUGGCGUUUAUUCGAUAGCUUUGCGUACGAUACCAACGUGGUGCCACCAGCAUUUCCCCGAUAGUUUUCGCGGGAUACCAACGUGGUGUCACCGGACGGCAUAGUGGUAAAACUCAUGCCCAUUCCUAAUUCGGAAGGAUUUGAAAUAAAAAAUGUGUACCCAAA